AUGGACAUCAAACAACAGCUUGUUCAUCUGGCUGGGUCUUUCACGCUUGCAAGAACACUGUCCGUAAGACCGGCGGAUUUGUUUCAAAUAGAGUUCACCUUAUUCGAGGCAAAACGCUACUUUGAUUAAAUCUUGGUCAGGAAACAGCUUCCAUUAUAUCCUCUCGUUAUCCUCUCAAAUAUCACAACACAGAAUGGCCGAGUGAAUGGCCGCAAUACAGACAAUAGAUUCCAAUAUCCUCUAGCACGAGUUGCCGACCGUUCACCCCGCUGUUUCUUCACGAAUUGUUCAGCGCUCUAAUGGUCAACCGCUCGCUCAGACCACUACUUCCAGACUGAUCUUCCUUACUUCCAAAAUCCACUUCUAGGUCAAUUGCGGCGGAAUGAACGUCCUUUUGGGAUUCGUGGCGAUACGCGGCGACGGGUCGAAUUCUGUUGCGGCGGCCGUGGCCUCACCGACGCCUACAGCCUCACGCUUGAACGCAGAGUGAUUCAUAUUUGGACGUUUUCUAAAAUGGAGUUUACUGCUCAUUUUGCUCCCAUCUGUGGUCUGUUCAACGAACUUCAUCAACAUUUCAACUGCAGGCCAAAGGCUCAACACCUUCGCGUUUGCACACCUGAAAGAUUAUUUACACUCUCAUACUAGAAAUAGACACUACCAUAAACAGGAUUGGUAUAUAUAAUACGACUUAAUCAGCCCAAUCAUCACCUCAUCGACUUCAUUCAAGUCUUGUAUUACUCACGGUAAGUGUCGCAGGUUUUAAGGCAUGGCCUUUUAAUCCUUUCAGAGCCAUGAACUCUCAAUUUCUUGUUCUCUUCGUCGUCAUCGGCCUCGUUGUCGCGGGACCUAUUGAUAACGUCCUCAACAAACUAAAUCCAAGCCAAAAAAACCAGCUAAAACAAUUGGUGAAGGACUCUCAAGGCAAACCUCGGGCUCAGGUUCGUGAGGGAUUCCAAGAUUUCUUCAAUGGAAUGAGCGACGAAUUUAGAGAAUCGUUAAAGAAGGACCUGGCUUUCCUUGAUGAACUGACAAACGAUCUCCUCGAGAAGGGCAGGAGAUUAAUUCCGGACAACCAAGAUCAAGAAGAUCAAGAUCAAGAAGACUUCCAAUAA